AUAAAAUUUUUUACCGACCCUUUAACACGGAGAGCAGGAUAUGUUAGUCGUUCCGUACAGAAAUGUGAGAAGCGGUUCAUUUUUGAUUAAAUACUCCAAAUUAACUGUGCUGCUGGUUCUGAUGUUAUGUUUGUUAUUACUGUCAUUUAUAGCUGAUACUUUUUGUAUUUUUCUCAAGGAUGCUGAACGCCUGUACUUUUCUUUGUAAAUAGAAUGAAUUCUAAAUUCCAGUUGGUCAUCUUUCUUACUUUUUUGGGCAUACAUUAACAUGUCUAGUGCUUUGCUACUAUUAUAAAGACGCCUCGUGUUUUUGAUGUCCUUUUUCUGUGGAAAAUUUGCAUUUGUUUUAAUACGGAUGUGUAUGUGCAUAAAUAUCAUAAUACAUUCCUUUAUGACCAGACGUAUCGGAAACUGGGGCUAACUGCAGGCAUGCAGCUCCGCAUCGAGAGUAACCGGAUCCCGAGACUUCCUUCUGAGUCGUAAUAAAGUUGAAAACACAGAAGGGCGUAGAGACUGGAAGUGGCAGAACGGAACAAGAAGCUCAGCAGCAUCUUUCAGUAAAACACCGAUGUUCACCUUAUGCGUUUAAUAUUAAACUGUUAAAGAAGGCGCGUUUUUGGAAACGGGCAAUUCCAAUGGAGUAUUUUUGCAAGAAAUCUGACAUCACUGGGGCAGGAUCUUUCCGUCUCUCGGUUUGAGGUUGCAUGAACUUUUACAGAGUUAAUUUUAUGUAAUCAUACAUUUUUUUCUGAACACCGGAAUUUUGGAGAGUAACGCGCACACACCGGGGAAUCCUUUCAAGACUCGCACGUGAUAUUUUUUGUUGACAGAAAUACCAAACUGACGACGGCAUUCCUUUUCCUCGUUUUCACUUAGGUGAUUUCUGGAGUCUUGCGGGCGUGUUGUUUGGCUGUGAUUUGAUCGAGGGAUUUAUAUGAUGGCCGCUUCUGGAGUACCGAAGAGCGACAAGUUGGACGAAGCGCAGGCGCUUGCGAAGAGCUGCGCCGGGAGACCCGACUUUCUCCCAUGCGAUGGACUGUCCAUCUGCGCCACUCACAGCCACGGAAAGUGCUUCAAGCUGCACUGGUGCUGCCACUUGGGUUGGUGUCACUGUAAAUAUGUGUACCAGCCCAUGACCAGCGUGUGCCAGCUCCCCAGCACCCCGGUGCCCGCCACGCCCUCCGGCAUCAGAAACACCAUCCACCUGUCCGUCUCGCUGACGGAGCGCUUCCUCAGGACCGCCCCCUGCUUCCUGCCCCCGCCCUGCCCGGAGUCGCCCAAGUACUGCGUCAUCUCCGACCUCUUCAUCGACGACUACAUCGUCAAGCGCAUCAACGGAAAGAUGUGCUACGUGCAGCGGCCCCCGCCCCCGGCCCCAGCCCCCGCCCCCGCUCCCGCCCCCGCCUCCGCCCCCCCGCCACCCCCUCAGCAGCACCCCGGCCAGGCCCUGCAGGCGGAGAGCAAACCCGCCCCGCCCUCUCAGAAAGCCCAGGCGCCCAAAAUGGACCACUGCUCCUCGCCCUCCAGCUCGGAGGACUCCGGGAUCAACGCGGUGGGCCUGCACUACCUGGAGUCGUGCGACGAGGACUCGGAGGAGGAAGAGGACGAUGAGGAGCUCAGCACCGACGGGGACUCCAGCCCCAGCAGCCUCGGGGACCAGGACGAGUGCUCGCUGCUCUCGCCCUCCAAAUCCACCGUGGAGAUCAUCGAGAAAAUCGAAACGACUGUCUGACUCGGUUCUCCACCCCCCCCCCCUCUCCCGCGGGUCCCUCGUUAUUGGCGGAGUGUUCACAGCGCGGCGCGGCCUGUGGCGGACCCGACGGGACCUGCACACGCUCACAGGAGAGGGCGGCUGCUGGGCUGCGCUGUCACGUUUAGAGGCGGAGCUACCUCUGCACUCUGUCUGCACACACUACCCUGCAUGGAUGAAUCAGCUGGGCUAUCUACCGCGGUCCUGUAUUUAAAACCAGUCAUACAGUGUCAAAUCAACAGGAACGUACGUAAAUGCACACACAGGCAGUAUAUGACCGAGCGUAAGCAAGCAGACUGUUAUGAAUAUAUCAAUGAUAUCUGUAUCUGUCCGUUUAUGUACAGUUGAAUGCAAACGUAUUAGGACAGUCAUGGCAAAUUGGUUUUUGUUUUCCUCUGUACUAGUCAUAUUUGUAUUUCUAAUCUAACAAUGACUUUGAGGCAAAAUUCAGAAUUCCUUCAGAAUUUAUUUCAUGAAUUUGUUUAACAUAUUGAAAUAUAUUACAACAACACCAUUCAAUGAGUCAAGUCCCCUUAUAUUUCAAGUCAGCUUAAGUAUUGGGACAAAGCAAGCUUAUUUAAUGACUUGUAAGAUCAAUAUUUUUUUGCAUACCCCUUACAUUUGAUGACUUCAUCAACUCAUGGAAUCCUCUGUAUUAAAAAAAUUGAAAUACAGUUUUAUUAGUGCAGAGGAAUUUGACACAACUGUCCCAAUACUUUUACAUUUAACUGUAUGUGUAGGCCUAUACACACAGUAUAUAUAUAUAUAUAUAUACACACACACACACAAACUUUGAGAGACUGAACGUUUGCUUCUGCAACAGAAUAAUGCCAUUUUCAGGCAGAAGCAUAGAUGGGGUGUGAAUGUGAGCAGUGUAAAGCGAGCGAGCUGUGUCUUAUGGGUCCUGACCUUUACUACAGGAGCAUUUGGGCAAAACCAUGUGUGAGUGAUGGACAUCUUAAUGAGACGUUCUGAUGAAAGGAAGCCGGUCGUUUUAUGAUUCAGGUCCAUCACCUCUCCACACUUUCCAUCUCGGCUAGCGCCAAGGGCAUUGGAGUUCAGCCAAACCAUUCUGGUGGUCUGUCUUUUCUUCUGCCAGUCAUAUUGCACAUGCACUCUCUUUGGUGCUGUGAAGGUGUCGGAAAUGCCUCCAGGCCAUUUGGGGGAUGGUAACUAACUUGUAACUACCUUCACAAUAUAGUUAAAAAAAAAAAAAUUAAACACUUAGACAAUCAAAAAGAAUAGAAAACCACAACCCCUUAUGGCUUAUCCAACUGGACAUGUACAGUAACCCCGCUUGUGUUGCACUAUUGUUGACGGAGAGCAGUUACAUUGGUACCUCUCUCAUGACGCAUUUGAACACAAAUGGCCACUUCUCAUCUUUGCAGUGCACAAAGGCCUUAUGUUGAGGGCCCCAGUGUUUAGUACUGUUAAAGACGAUGGGCUGACCAAAGCUACGGUGAGAUCAGUGCUUUGGCUAGUGCUGACCCUGAAAUGGACCUGUGACCUGUCCUUCUUAUCUGAAUGGAGAGAAAGAGACUGUAUUGAAUGUUAGAGCACAAGCUGUAACUGAGUCAGCAAAGACUGUGAAAGAGAAGCAAACGCGGGUGCAGCGAAUCGCACUGCCAUGCUUCAUCGAACAGCGCGGGACUUUGUGAAACUCGCUGACGCUCACCAAAAAGCACUUCGUUUGUCACGCGACCUCAACACUGAUGGUGUCACUUUUCACUGUGGUUAUCAGAACUCGAGCACAAACCCAUCGGCUACUGAGCACAGGUCCUGGGCACCACGUUCUCAGUCUGAGUUUAACCCCCCCCCCCCCUCGGUGUUCUGGAACAUUACACUUUGCCCUAAAGGAGACAGGGCCAAUCCACGCCCCAGCAAAGGAACUGACGCGCUGUUUUGCCUGUGGAAGCACCCAUUUUCAGGCACAAUUUUAUAACAAUGUAUAACGCUGCACACGCUUACAUCAUAAUGUCAUCACCUCUCGACAUACUGUAUUACAGCCUCUUUCAUAUGAACUUGUGUUACAUUUAUUACUCUUAUUUUCUUAUAAACUUAUCCAAAACUCUCAAAGGUUUGUUUUCUUUCUUUUGUAAUAAAUCAGCGUCAUUUGCUAUAUUUACUGACUUGAGCUGGCAGCUGUUACCAUUACAGUCAUUAAGCAAUUCGGGUCGGUUCCCUAACAGGUAAUGUAAACAUGUUGAUGAAUACAUUUUCACAGUUGAAUAAAUGAAACUGUCAUAAUAACCGGGAAGGUAAAAACAUGUUUUCAGUAUAGCAUCUUUAGAGGAGUACUCAUGUGUUCCACAAUAAACCUUAUGAAUAAUU